AUGUCCUAUCUCCUCUUAGUCUCCUCCGGUUUCCGUUUGUCGGAACUCUGGUCAGCCAUCAACCGUUCGCGGGUUUUGGUCUUGGAGUCACGACGCGGCUGCGGGAAGGAUGGCGCGGUGAAGACUUCGGUAGUUGUUUCCUUUUCUCCGGGAGACGGAGGCUUUCAAAGUUCCGUCGCCGCCGGUCCUUGUCUCCGUGGCGGGGAAGCUUUUUCAGUUCCGCCGUCGUCGGCUCUAGUUCCCGGGAUGUGUUGUUCGGUUAUGUUCUCGUCGGAGGAGAGUAAAGCUCUCUGGUGGAAAGGGUAUGAUGCAUGCGACGGUUUUCUUUGGGUUAUGCGGUUAACGGUGACAACGGAUGAGAUCUCGCCGCGGCGAUUGAUUCUCUCCGUUUUUAGAACCCAAAAGAUGAUGGCGGUGAUGACUAGAGGAGCGAUAGACGCCUGGUUUGUUCCGAUAUCAGGGCCACCUGAGUUUCUAAACAACUGUAUAGAAGCUGAUGAAGAAGCUACAGCUAGAGAUGCUGAGCACGCUAAGCGUCUUACCUGCAAAAAGAAGAAAGCUAAACCUAAAGGUGUUGUCGUGGAAGCAAAACCUCAACUAGUAGGGAUCCAUGAGAGAGUAAGAAACGAUAUCGAUGAACCACCACCAUCUUCAGAGAAUGGUGAGAAGCGGAUAUCUACUGCAACCAAUCCUAAUGCAGAAGAAGCUGCAGAUCUCUUAAGGAUGUGUCUGCAAUGUGGAGUGCCGAAAACAUAUACAAGCGCGAGAGGGAUGGUAUGCCCGGUUUGUGGUGACCGACCGUUACCGGACUCGGACGCCGAGAAGAGAGGCUCUGCGAUCAAAGAUAAAGAGAAGAGCAAAAGAAUGAGAGGACAAUCCUCUCACGCUUCUUGGAAAAGUGAAACCGAGAUGCAACUAAGGCAACAUUUCAAUUAGUAUGCUUCAGAACCUUCUUCUCCUUUUUUACUACAUUGUUUCUCCAUCCAAAUCCAGUUUCUGUAACGUAACUUGUAACACAAAAAGAUCAUCUACAAAAUUAUUGAUGUUAAGAGAAAUACACAAUUUUUUUUAAGAACUCUAAAAUUAGAGACUUGCAAUGGAGGAUAUAAAAGUAGAAAUUUCUUAACAAA